AUGAACCCAAUGUCACAGCCCAUAGAACGAGUAUUCCCCAUACGUCUAUCCAUUCUUGAAAGUUCCCCCUUUCUUCGAAACGUAUCCGCAGACGCAGAUAGUAUACUUUCCGUCGUUCCUGUUACUCAGCAGCUUUCCAAUCAACAUCUAUCUCCGCCAUCGUCCGAUGGAUUUAGUUGUGAACCAGCACCUUCAGCAGUCGACCGGCAAGGCAGUUCAGCAGCUGCAUCUUCUCAUAAUUCUACAUGCCCAUCGUCGUUCAACAAAGGCAAUGGCGGAGAUGACUCGCUACUCUCCGAAACCUUCGAGUAUGCGAUCCUGGCCGACGGAUCUCAUGGUGUCAUCCAGAAAGCCCGCCGCGCAUUUGCUACUUGCGAUGAGGAACCGAUUCACAUACCUGGCGCUAUUCAGUCUUACGGCAUGCUUGUUGCAUUGAAACUUGUCGAUGAACGAGUUGCUGGACCUUCUAGAUACCUCCCUAGAAUCUGCAGCGAAAACAGCGGUUUCGUCUGCCAUUACCAGCCGUCCGAGCUUCUUUCUCUCGACAGCUUCUACCAGGUUAUGCCCAUCUUUCAACGUCACUUGUUCGAUGUCCAUCUACGCCACAUCCGUCAAGGAUAUGACAGCACCAAGAAAGAACAAGAGCCUGUCGUCUUUGCUUUCUCGUUUUCCGAUCCAGAUGGCCGAUUGAUUCCGUGUUGGUGUGCCGCGCACUAUCUAGGGGGAGACACUAAUCUGUUCAUAUGCGAAUUCGAAUUGCAAGAUUACUCGAUGCAUCCGUUGGCAACUCCAGCAAUGUCUGAUCCUGAGAACCCUAUCGACACUCUCGGUAGCGACCACUUGGAUUUUGCCACAGCCUGCAGUAUACAAUCCAAGGUCCAACCGGCAUUCCCAAAUCCAGAGCUCUUCUCUAAGGGCUUCGACCCAAGCACGUCCACAGUUGAGGUUAUUGGCAUGGCUACAAAGAUACAAACGCAAUUCUCCGAGGCAGCAACCGUGCCUGAUCUCCUUGAGACCAUUGUCUCGAUAGUCAAGGAGGUCACCCGUUUCCACCGUGUGAUGGUCUAUCAGUUUGACCGGGAUUAUAACGGCACCGUCGUCGCUGAGCUCAUGGAUCCGAAAGUAAGCAAUGAUGUCUACAGGGGAUUGCACUUUCCCGCAAGUGACAUACCGCCGCAAGCCCGGAAGCUUUACAUGAUCAACAAGGUUCGCGUAUUGUUUGAUAGGAGCCAGAGGACCUCGAGGCUCAUUGGCAGAGAUGUCAGUGAUAUGGAUGUUCCACUCGAUCUAACUCAUGCUUACUUGCGCGCAAUGUCACCUGUGCAUCUCAAGUAUCUGUCCAAUAUGGGGGUACGGUCAUCCAUGUCCAUGUCUCUCGAGUCUGACGGCAAGCUUUGGGGGCUCAUCGUCUGCCACUCGUAUGGACCGACUGCAACUCGAGUGCCUUUCUCGAUCCGAGAGUUAUCAUUCUUUGUUAGAUUGGCGGCAUCUACGUGCCUCCAAAAGCUGCUUAACUCCGAAAGGCUGCAGGCGCAUCGAAUUAUCGAAACACUAAGAGGGAGAGGCAGUCCUGACGAGUGUAUUACUUCUUCGUCCCACGAGCUACUUAACCUCUUCGAUUGCGACUAUGGCUUUUUGGUCAUCGAGGGAGAGGCAAGGACUAUUGGGCGGCUAUCUUCCUAUAUCGAAGCCAUAACGCUUCUCAAAUAUCUUUUCUUCAGGGGAUCGCGCACGAUACUGUUUUCACACAACAUCGGAGAUGACUUUAAAGAUCUCCAUUUCCCCUCCGGGUUCAAGGCCAUCGCAGGCGUCCUCUACAUACCUCUGUCAAGCACCACAGAUGAAUGUGUGGUAUUUUACCGCAAAAACCAGAUCCGAGAAGUACAUUGGGCAGGGAGGCCUUCGUUGGCGGGUAAGAUAGGCAGAUUGGAGCCUCGAAACAGCUUCAAGAAAUGGACAGAGGUAGUGGACGGCACGAGCAAGGCCUGGUCAAUAGAACACACCAAUUUAGCAGCAAUGGCUCAGCUGCUUUACGGCAGCUUCAUACAGGUUUGGAGAGAGAAGGAGACAGCCAUCAAUGAUACCCGACUUAAGCGACUACUCUUGCACGAUGCAUCACAUCAAGUACGAAAUCCUUUGAACGCUGUCAUAAACUGUCUUGAGAUAGCCUUGGAAAAGCACCUGGACGAUGGCACAAAGCAGGUUCUGACAACUUCAUACACUGCAUCAAAAUCUCUGAUCUAUGUCAUUGAUGAUCUUUUGAGCCUGACCGGUAGCAUAACAGGAUCCAUCCCAUUGCUGGACGAACCGUUCCAUCUUGCGCAUUGUUUAGAAGAGGCGCUGUGUCCCCUAAGGCGGCUUGGUCAAGAGAAGCGUACUGAACUUAUCAUGAUCCCAUCUAAUGGGCCAACGAAGUAUGUUCGUGGGGAUCCAACAAGUCUACAACGCAGCUUAUCCAUUCUUGUCGCCAACGCAAUCCAGCAUACUACAGGCGGCCAAGUCGUUAUCAAAUGGCAUGAGGCGGUUAUGAACCCAGAGAACACCGUGAUACACAUCUCCAUCACGGAUACGGGGCCCGGUUUCUCGGAGCGUGAGCUGGACGAUAUGUUUCAGGAGUUUGAGCAGGUUCCCGAUGAAGAUUUCGACGAGGCAACUUCCAAAACGCAUGCUGCCAGGGAUAACGUGCUUCGCGUUGGCGUCGGAUUGGUCUUCGUUGCUCGUUUUGUGAAGCAGCGGAAUGGACAACUGAAAGUGAGGUCGACUAAGGGACGCGGAUCGACCUUCACCCUCGAGAUUCCAUUUGGGGUAUCAUCCCACUGCUCAUCGAUAGCUUCACGUCGGGAUGCCUCUCCGUUGCCGGUGCUGACAAUGCCUGGACCUUUAACGUUCGGAGACGGCAGCAGCGUUCCAUCCGACCGUACAUUUGGGACCUCGAGAAACUCGAGGCCGUCUCCCCCAAUUAUACGCCCGGGCUCGAGCACCGCUGAUACAUCGCCAAGGGAUUUUCAAACCCCGAGCCCUCAUCAUUACAUCGUCAUUGUGGCCGACGACAACAUCAUAAACGUGCAGAUUUUGGAAAGACGUCUUACCAAGCUGGGCCAUUGUGUUUUGGUCAGCCGCGAUGGUCAAGAAUGCUUCAACCUGUUUGCCUCGAAUCGCUCGACUGUGGACUUUGUCCUCAUGGACAUAAACAUGCCAGUAGUAGACGGCUUCGCCUCCAUCCGCAUGAUCCGAGAUCACGAGUACAGCCACCCGACGCCGUCGCGCGUCGUGCAGUGUUGCGGGAGGACUCCCAUCUUUGCGGUGUCGGGCAUGCUUCGUCGCGGUCAAGAGCAGCAAUGCAAAGAAGCUGGAUUCGAUGGCUGGAUGCCUAAACCGGUGGACAUGAAGCGGUUGGUUCGGUGUCUAGCUGGGGGACUGGAUCCUGAUGCGAGGAGGAUGUGUGUGUAUGAUGAAAAGAGGUUUGAGCUUGGUGGGUGGUUUGAUGCUGAGUAA